AUUCGUUUUUUUUUCUGUUUACUAAUUCUUGAAUUAACUUUUCAACCAUUUACCCGAGAUUAAGCUUCCCAAACAUUUAAUUUAACAAUUCUUCUUUAAAUUAUAAAUCACAAAAUAAACAGAAGACAUGACAGAGCACAAUGGAAGCCUGGUUAAAGAUCCCAAGUUAGCUCUUAAUCGUGUAUUUAUAGGAAAUAUUCCGCAAUGCACAAAAGACGAUCUCGAAAGCAUUUUCAUUCCCUAUGGUAAAGUUAUUGAUUCGCUUGUCCAGAAGAACUAUGGUUUUAUUCAAUUCGAGUCCGAGGAAAUCGCUAAUAGAGCUGCGAAGGCACUUAACAAAUCCCUAUUCAAGGGCAAUCAUAUAUCCGUUCGAAAUGCUGGACAUAAAAAGCGUGCAAAUCCGAAUGCCGGCGGGGUUGCUGGUCCAGCUAAUAAACAACCUUUCGCAGGAGCUCCCCAAGGCGGUUUCAAUCAUUCGGUAAGAUCUAAUCCUGAUUAUAAUGAUUGCGAGAUCAUCGUUGUGGACAGACAAAAUACGGCCUAUGCUGAGUACAUUGAAGGGCGCUUAAAGACACUCAAUCUUCAAGUGGAUGUGCUCUUUCCCAACGAGGAAGUCUCACUGGGAAAGGUGCUUGCAAACAUAUCCUCUCGAGGCUGCAUGUACGCAAUUCUAGUUACACCACAAAACGAGGAACUUCGAAGCAUCACGGUGAAUAUACUGUACGGAAUCCCUGCGGAACAUCGCAACAUGCCAGUGGACGAUGCCAUCACUCUCAUAGCCGACGAUUUUCGUCUCAGAAUCGGUCCGCAUUUACAAAAGAAUAACCUACCCAAAGCCGUUCAAGUAAUUACUCCCUCGAAUGUGGCUGCUCCACCUUUGAAGGAACGUCAUCCCGAUGCAGUGCAAUCUCUGCUAAAUUUACUGGCAGAUAACUUGACACUCACCGUCCUACAAUACGAUUGUAUCAUCAAGUAUCUCCAGGAGAGAAGGGAACUCCAAUUGAAACUAGAAUUGGGUGAUGCCGCCACAAGUGCUGGCGCUCAACCAGAUCCCGAAAUCGAAUUGCAAAAGAAAAUUCUGAACAUUCUCAAUAAGCCAUCGGUCGCAGAAACACAUUAUGAACUGCUCUAUCCAAGUUUGGAAUCGGUCAAGUCAGAUUAUCGUGCAAUGGAUUUGUUGAAGGACGUCCGGAUUCAAAAUGCUAUCGAUUCAAUUCUAACUUCCAAUCUUAUGGGUACAAUUGAAAAACAUAUGAAAUUUUAAAGUUGUAUUUAUUUUUUCUAAUGCAAAAAUAACAA